GCGUGAAGGAAAGUUCAGAGCAUGAUAUCUAUUGAUCCUGUAUACAUGAUGUAAGCUGUGCUGUGAUUGCGUAGUUGUAGUUGACAAAUUAAAGAUCAAAAGAGUAUAUAUAUAGGGUGUUGCGAGGUAUAACUAACCGUGAAGCAUUGGACAAGAUACCGAAAUCGACGACAUUCAUAGUGUCAGGUUCUUCAAAAAGACUACAGUCGAAAAUAAGCCUUGAAUUUCGUCCAAAAUGGCAGCCGCUCCAAAGCAAGAGUUCGACAUCCCAUACCGCGUCAUCUCCAUCACCGAAAAGACGCACAAAACCUCCUACCCAGCCAUCUCUCCCUCCCGCCCCGCCCUCUCCCAAGCCGGCCGGACGGUCCUCAUCACUGGCGGCAGCGGGGGUAUUGGAUACGGAAUCGCCCUUGCGUUUGCGACCGCCGGAGCUGACCGGGUCAUCAUCGUCGGCCGGGAUGAAGCCAAGCAACAGGCCGCCGCCGCGAGCCUCGCUGCGGAAGCGGGCCCUGGCUCGCACACCAAGUUCGAGGGGAGGGCUGCCUCGCCUGGAAGCCCAGAGAACAUCGACAGCUUGUGGGAUGCCCUUGCGUCUGAGGGUGUGCUUGUCGACGUGCUAGUGCUGAAUGCGGCAGUGACUGGCAGCUCGCUGGAACGCAGCUUGUGGGCGAGGGGGUGGGAAUCCACCUGGGAACAAUUCAUUGUCCAUGUUCGCUCAGUUAAUCACUACAGCGAACGCUUUUGGAAGCAAAACGUGGAUAAAAAGAGAUAUCUCGUCAAUGUAGCUACGUCUGCGAUCCACGAGUGGGAGGCUGGGGUAAACACCAAAGCCUACGCAUUGACCAAAAACUCGGGAGUGCUCUUGCUACAGCAGCUUGCACGAGACACACCAAUCUCCAAGAUGCAGAUAGUCAGCUUUCAUCCGGGUGCCAUAUUGAGCCCUGGGGCCAAGAGUGCGGGAGCGACUGAACGGACUCUCGACUGGGAUGACAUCAGCCUCCCCUCCUCUGUUGCCAUCUGGGCGGCUUCGGACGAGGCAGCGUUUUUGCACGGUCGGUUCAUCUGGUCAGCAUGGGAUGUCGAGGAGCUGCAGAGUGGGCCCCUCCGAGAGCGCAUAGAGCAGGAUGAGAAUUAUCUGCGAAUUGGUGUUCAUGGUGUAUGAGUAGGUGGCACACUGUUGCACGCAAUUGAAUAGGCCGCCUAGCGGUUGUGUACAAUAAUAUCGUAUGUAGUGGUAGCAGUAUAAGACCAGGCAUUGGUCGAGGGGCCAGAGCAGAAGAGAAGCAACCCCGUUCCACUCCGUAUCCCGACUCUUCUUGCGUCACAUAGUGACCAGCCAGUGAGUGAGAGGCUUACUUGCAGCAGAAGCACUCACCUCGGACUCUCGGG